UCAUGUGUGGCUACUGUACAGAAGAGUGAAGAGUGACCGGUGAGCAGGUUUAAAACAAACGGACCGAUGAUGACAGUCACGGGUAACGACAGCCGCUGGGUUAAACACUCGUCUCCGGUUAGCAGUGAUAAUCGGAGGCAGAUGGCGGCGGACAGCUGACGGUUACAUCCAGGUGCUUGUCACUGCCGCCGCUGCAAUAUCUUCAUCAUCAUCAUCAUCAUCCCCAUCCCCAUCGCCUGCAGCAGUUCCUGAGCCCUGGCUGUGAGGACACACGUGCUUACACGGCGCAAACCACGCCCUCUCCUCCGCCUCAGCCAAUCGGAGACAGCGAGAGUGACGCCAUGGAAUCUUCUCAGCCAAUCGGCGCGCUUGUUCUUGGAGAGACACUCGCUUUCACACACCGCUGAGGCCCUGCCGUUAGCAAGAGGGAAGGGAGGGUCUUCAUCAUAGCCCUGUUCAGGCUGACACGGUGUGUGGCCCUGGUGAGGAGUAAAUUUCCAGUGACAGCGAGCUGUCCUGUUGUUUAUGGUCACGCCUUGCUGUCAGCCUGCAGUGCCAAAAUCUCAUCAUCUCAGUCGAGGAUGCCACACACAAACAAGUCCAGAAACUCCCUGUUGCCUGAGUUCUCAGGCUCGGUCCAAGCCGGAGCCUCAGCUGAAGAGCUAGAACCCAUGUCUCGGGAGGUGAAUCUGGCUGCAGGGGAAGCAGCAGCAGCAGCAGGAGGAGGAGGAUGGGAGGACAAUAUUGGAGACGGUGAGAUCAUCAAGUCCCCCAGUGACCCCAAACAGUACAGGCACAUCGUGUUGGAGAACGGACUACGAGCUCUGCUCAUUUCAGACUACAAUGGACCAGCAGCGUCAGAGGAUGAGGACUCGGAUGGGGAAGAGGAAGAGGAUGAAUCUGGAGAUGAAACAGGGGACGAGUCUGAAGAAGAAGGAGAAGACGAUGAUGAGAGGGCCUGUGAUUAUGAUGGUGACGAUAAUGAUGGGAAGAAGAAGGGAAAUGCAGAGAAGCAGUCUGCAGCUGCUCUGUGCGUUGGAGUGGGCAGCUUCAGUGACCCCAGUGACCUCCCCGGCCUUGCCCAUUUCCUGGAACACAUGGUGUUCAUGGGCAGUGAGAAGUAUCCCUCCGAAAAUGGCUUUGAUGCGUUCCUCAGGAAGCAUGGUGGGAGUGACAACGCCUCCACCGACUGCGAGAGGACCAUCUUCCAGUUUGACAUCCAGCGAAAAAAAUUCAAAGAGGCUCUUGACAGGUGGGCUCAGUUCUUCAUCUGCCCCCUGAUGAUCCGUGAUGCCAUUGACAGGGAAGUGGAGGCCGUUGACAGCGAGUACCAGCUGGCUAAGCCUUCGGACUCCCACAGGAAGGAAAUGCUGUUCGGCAGUCUGGCCAAACCUGGACACCCUAUGGGCAAGUUCUGUUGGGGGAAUGCCCAGACUCUAAAGCAGGAGCCGAAGAAGAAGAAGAUUAAUGUCUACAAGCGGCUGCGUGCCUUCUGGAAGAAGCACUACUCUGCCCACUACAUGACCUUGGCCGUGCAGUCAAAGGAGAAGCUGGACACUCUGGAGGAGUGGGUGAGAGAGAUCUUCAGCAAGGUGCCGAACAACGGUUUGCCCAAGCCAGAUUUCUCUGAAAUGCUGGGUCCCUUUGAGACGCCAGCCUUCAACAAGCUCUACAGAGUUGUUCCUGUCGGGAAGGUUCAUGCCUUGAAUAUCACCUGGGCUCUUCCUCCUCAGGAAAAACAAUACAGAGUGAAGCCUCUCCACUACAUCUCGUGGCUGAUUGGCCAUGAAGGCACAGGAAGCAUCCUCUCAGUCCUCAGGAGGAAGUGCUGGGCUCUGGCUUUGUUUGGAGGAAACAGUGAAACUGGCUUUGACCAAAACAGCACGUACUCCAUCUUCUCCAUCUCCAUCACACUCACUAAUGAAGGUUUUCAAAACUUCUAUGAGGUGACUCACAUGGUGUUCCAGUACCUAAAGAUGCUGCAGACACUUGGACCACAGCAAAGAAUAUACGAAGAGAUCCAGAAAAUCGAAGCAAACGAGUUUCACUAUCAGGAGCAAAACGACCCUAUAGAAUACGUUGAGGACAUCUGUGAGAACAUGCAGCUGUUCCCCAAAGAGGAUUUCUUGACAGGAGAUCAGCUGAUGUUUGAGUUUGACCCAGAAGUGAUCAGUGCAGCUCUGUCCCUCCUCACCCCUGAGAGAGCCAACCUGAUGCUGUUGUCACCAGAACAUGAGGGCCAGUGUCCCCUCAGGGAGAAGUGGUUUGGCACGCAAUACAGCAUGGAGGACAUCCAGCCGGAGUGGAUGGAGAGGUGGACAGACAAUCUGGAGCUGAACAGUGACCUUCACCUCCCUGCUGAGAACAAGUUCAUCGCCACUGACUUCACCCUGAAGCCCUCUGACUUGCCAGACACCGAGCACCCGGUGCGGUUAGCCAGCAGCGACAAGGGCGACCUGUGGUACAAGAAGGACAACAAAUUCAAAAUCCCAAAAGCCUACAUCAGAUUCCACUUAAUCUCUCCCGUAAUCCAGCAGUCUGCCAAGAAUGUGGUGCUCUUCGACCUGCUGGUCAACAUCCUAGGACACAACCUGGCGGAGCCGGCCUAUGAGGCUGAAGUGGCACAGCUGGAGUAUAAGCUGGUGGCCGGUGAACACGGCCUAGUCAUCAAGGUCAAAGGAUUUAACCACAAACUGUGUCUGCUGUUCCACCUGAUCAUUGACAAACUCGCUGAUUUCACCGCUUCCCCCGACGUCUUCAGCAUGUUCUCAGAGCAGCUCAAAAAGACCUACUACAACAUCCUCAUCAAACCUGACAAGCUGAGCAAGGACGUUCGUCUGUUGGUCCUGGAGCACUCGCGCUGGUCCAUGGUGGAGAAGUGUCAGGCUCUGACGGCCGGCCUCACCGUCGAUGAGCUGACGGAGUUUAGCCGGCGCUUCAGGACAGAGCUGUUUGCCGAAGGACUAGUACAGGGCAACUUUAGCAGCGCUGAGUCGCGGCAGUUCCUGCAGUAUGUCACAGAUAAGUUGCAGUUCUCAAAGUUGCCAGCAGAGGUGCCAGUGAUGUUCAGAGUGGUGGAGCUUCCUGCCAAGCACCACAUAUGUAAAGUCAAAUCACUCAACAAAGGCGACGCCAACUCUGAGGUUACUGUUUACUACCAGUCUGGUCCCAAGUCCUUAAGGGAGCACACGUUGAUGGAGCUGUUAGUGAUGCACAUGGAGGAACCCUGCUUCGACUUCCUCAGGACCAAAGAGACUCUAGGGUACCACGUCUACCCCACCUGCAGAAACACCUCGGGCGUACUGGGUUUCUCCGUCACCGUGGAAACGCAGGCCACCAAGUUCAACACAGAGCUGGUGGAGUUAAAGAUUGAAGAGUUCUUGGCUUCAUAUGGAGACGAGCUGAAUGCCCUGACUGAGGAGGCCUUUCAUACUCAGGUGACCGCUUUAGUGAAGCUGAAGGAAUGUGAGGACACACACCUCGGGGAGGAGGUGGACAGGAACUGGGCCGAGGUGGUUACACAGCAAUAUGUGUUUGACAGGCUCAACAGAGAGAUCGAGGCUCUGAAGCAGAUGACCAGAGCUGAGCUGGUCUCCUGGUUCCACGAGCACCAAGGACAAAACAGCCGCAAGCUCAGCGUGCACGUGGUGGGAUUUGGUGCGGAGGAGCAUGAUGAGGAAAGUAAAAGGAAAGGAGAAGAAGAUUUAAGUGUCUCCAACUAUGGUGAGGUGUCUAAACUCACUUUCCUUCCCGCCUCACCUAAGAUGGAGGGCGCCACCGCCAUCAUGGACAUUCCCGCUUUCAUCGAAGGCCUGCCUCUCUUUCCCUACCAUAAGGUUCUGGAAUAAAAGUCCUGCUCAGACUGCGAGACAAACACAGGUCUGAGCUUCGCCUCUUACUGAGCCACUCUCGGGGCGACUGCCUCAUUAGAGAUUUGGAGGUGAACGAUGGUUCAAACAUCGUCGACUCUUCUCAUGGCCUGGAUUUCUGUCUCUAAGGCGCAGCUGUAGUUUUUACUCAACACAGUGUGCAUACACAAAAAGCCUGGAAGUGAUAUUAGACAUUUCUUUUAGCCAAGUGAUAAUUUAUUCUGUUUUCUCACUCUCAAUUACUUUUUUUUUAAUCCUCCGACAGCAGGAGUGUGGAAGCACUCCCUCCAUUUCUCCCUCUCUAUCCUACUAAGUCACAUCUUAAAUGAUUUGCUUCCCUGAGCUCUGCUAACGUUACACCACUCAGUCUUUUCCACUGUUUGUGUUGGACCCCAGACUGAGUUUUACGCCAUUUAAAAAAACAAACUGUAAAGACUACAGUAAAGUUAUGUAUUUGACCUCAAAUAGCUGACCUGGAUCAUGACAUGAAAUAAAUAAACAAAUAAAUGAGUGAGUGAAUGAACGGACCCUACAAAACA